AGCUUAAACAGAGCCCACAUUUUGUGUAAUUCUUAUAUAUAAAAUGUAGCUUUUCAUUAAAACAGAAACCAGGAAACAAUAAUAAAGGUUAAGGAAAACUGACAUUGAAAUUGACAUAGCGACUAAUGUGAUGAUUAUUCACGUCAUCAGCUGGAAUAUACUUUGUGACAUAUAGCUAUUAUGAUAUAAAGAUAAACAAAACUCACCAAAACAUAACUAAAUUCUAAAAAAAAAAAAAAAUAGUUAUACGGAUUUUUUUCAAUUUCAAGGGACCACCGAGUAGAUUCUCUGAUUAUUCUGACCCGGGUUAAUUAGAACUUGUAAACGAGUGAUUAUUUACUAACUACAAUAGAAGAUUUUUCAAAAAUAUAAUAUCAUCAGAAAUCUGAGGGAUUCGAAAAAUAUUUUUUCAAACGUCUGUCCAGUUGCACAAAAUAUAUUAAUGUUUAAUGCUUAGUUUAAAGUUUAAUGCUUAGUUAACUCAAUCUAAAUGUAAGAAGUAAUGGCAAAUUAAUGUCAUUUAUCAUUAUUUAGAUAAAUGCCUUUAAUCCAUGGGCAGGCGCGACUACUCCUGCGACCUUGUCCAACUCCAAACGUUUUGGCGACCAUAUGCUUUAUCAUAUUUUAUAGCAUGUAAUAAAGCCUGUACUGACACUGAUCAUCUGCAGCAUUGUCCGGCCAUUUUACAAUUUUUCUAACAGAAAAUAUUUGGAAUAGAAAUCCAUCAACAUCGACAUUAUGCCGCCCAAGAAACGACGCGGGGCUACUGUUAACAGCAAAACGAAGAGCCGUAAAACGCAUGGUACAGGGGCUAAAACCCGAAACGGAGGUGAGAUGGCGAGGUCAACAAAAACAAAGGCUGCGGGUCAAAAUUUGACCCCCAUAAUGGUAGACCUUCAUGAUGAGCCCCCCGUGGUCACCAGUUUUCCGCCCAAACCAUUUCCCCAGGGUAUCGGUGCUGUAUGUGAAGCUCAAGCGGGACAAGGUCAACAGGACUGGUCCAAGAAUACGCUGAGAUUAUGGGACAAUAUAAAGGAAUAUCAAGUCAAUAAAAUUGAGAACAGACAGAAACAGCCGGAUUAGUUACGGGGGGAUUGACAUCCAUGCAUCUUUUAAAUAAAGAAACGGUUCCAUUGUCAAAACUUAGAGAAAAUCGUCGUUUUAUCCAACUCCACAAGAUGCACCGUACUAUGACUCCCAAUUGUCUGACCAACAACAUCAAAUCACAACAAAUUUAAGGUCAUACUUACAGCACAAGAGCAUCGAAUUCACUACAGGAAAUCAACUCUAUAACCAAGCGAUAUUCAAAUUAUUAUUUUUUUCAGCUACAAUAAGUAAGGGUUAAUGUACUCGUAUCGCUCCAUUCCUUAAAAGUAAUGGACCGAGGCCCCGAAGGAGCCGAGGUCCAUUGCUUUUAAGGAAUAGAGUGAUACGAGUACAUUGACCCACUUAAAAUCCACCUUUGCUGGACCCAAAUAAA